CGGAGCGGGGAGGGAGGAGGCCAGACGAGGUGGGGGGAGGGGGAGCAGCGGUGGCGCAAGCCGCGCGGAGCCGCGCAGCCCGGGUCCGCUGCCGCCACCCGCCCCAGGCAGCAGAGCCGGCGCCCCAGCGGCCCCCGGAACACCUCAAAGCGGACGAAGGAGUCCAUGUUGGGGAACUUGGCGGCGGCGUGACGGGGACCUAGGGACCUGCAGUGGGGCCGCCGCCGCCGGAGCCAGCGCCUCGAUCUCAGUCUGAGAAAAGUUUGAUGGAAAGCCGAUUACCUGACUGCUCGACCUGAAGAAUCUUAAGGGAAACCCUUUUUCAAGGAGAAAUGAAGAAGAAAACUCUAUAUACCCUAAAUGUGGGAGAUCAGGACUAUGAAGAUAUGGAAGGUGAAGAAAACAAAGAUAAUACUGCUACCACUGGUCUGUUGUACAGUGAAGCUGAUAGAUGUCCAAUAUGUCUCAGUUGCCUGUUAGAGAAGGAAAUUGGUUUUCCAGAAAGCUGUAAUCAUGUCUUCUGCUUGACCUGUAUUCUUAAAUGGGCAGAGACACUGGCUUCAUGUCCUAUUGACCGGAAACCUUUUCAGGCGGUGUUUAAAUUCAGUGCAUUGGAAAGUUGUGUUAAGGUUCACAUAAAAAGACAGUUGAGAGAAACAAAUGACAAGAAAAAUGAAAGCUCUUUUAAGAAACAGCUGUCCUGUCAGGAAAAUUCUAAAAGCUGUAUGAGAAAAAAAGUCAAAAGAGAAGAUCUAUUAAGUGCAAAACUUUAUGACUUGAAGAUGAUAUACAGAAACUCUAAAUACAGUGAAAUGGGAGGAAAAGAAAAUGCAAUAAUAAAGACAAAUAAGCCUCAAAGAUCAAAUCCGUGUACAAAUCAGUGCUUCAGAAAUUUUUUCUCCAGUAUCUUCUCUUCUAGUAGUCACACUGGAGAAUCUUCUUUUACCUGUACAGCUUACCGUACAGAAUUUAUAGAAGUCAAUGAAAUCAGUGCAUUGAUUAGGCAGAAGAGACAGGAACUGGAAUUGUCAUGGUUUCCUGAUACAUUACCUGGAAUUGGAAGAAUUAGUUUUAUACCCUGGAAUAUUGAAACAGAAGUCCUUCCUCUCAUCUCCUCUGUGUUGCCAAGAACUAUUUUUCCAACAAAUACCAUAUCUUUAGAAAAUUUUGGUACUUCUUGCAAAGGAUAUGCAUUAGCACAUACUCAAGAAGGAGAAGAGAAGAAGCAAACUUCUGGUACCUCAAGCACCAGAGGAUCAAGACGAAAACCAGCAGCAACAACUCCUACAAGGAGAUCUACACGUAACACAAGAGCUGAACCAGUCAGUCAGUCUCAGAGGUCCCCAGUAUCAAAUAAUUCUGGGUGUGAUGCCCCAGAUAGUAAUAAUCCAUCUGUAAGUGUUUCCUCUUCAGGUGAGUCAGAAAAGCAAACAAGGCAGGCUCCAAAACGGAAGUCUGUAAGAAGAGGAAGAAAACUACCUUUACUGAAAAAGAAACUUCGGAGCUCUUUACCUCCCCCUGAAAAAUCAUCUUCCAGUGAUUCAGUAGAUGAAGAAAUAGUAGAAUCUGACAUACCACCUGUGUUAGAGAAAGAACAUCAAUCAGAUGUAGAAAGUAGUAACACUGUGCAGAUAAAUGUAGAAAAUGAGUCUGCUAAUGGCUUGAGAAGUUGCAGUGAGCCAGUAGAAGAAAGUGAGGAACAUAGUGAGACCCGUGAUACAGAGGAAAGAGUAGAAUCUUUAUAUUCUGAGUCUGGUACCCAAGAUCCUCCUGUGCUAGUUGGAGAGGAGGAGGAAAUUCAAACAGUUGAGAAUACAGGUAUAGAGGCUAAUAUUUUAUGUCUGGAAAGUGAGAUUUCUAAGAAUACUUCUGAAAAAGGAGGUGACCCAUUGGAAAAUCAAGACCAAAUAGCUUUACCUUCAGAAUCAGAAGUAAAAGCAGAUGGAUGUACAGAUCAUCUUCCAAAUGAUUUUCUUACAUGUUCAGGAUCUGAAAUUGAAGUACACCAACCUAUAUCAAGCCUAGGUGAGAUCCCUGAGAACGCAGAGUCAGCGGUUAAUGAAGAAAAAGUUAUGGAGAGUCCUAUAGUAAAAAUUAUUGAUCAUAAAGAUUCUACAGUAAAAACAGAACAUCUUAUUGACAGCCCCAAAUUAGAAUCUUCUGAGGGUGGAAUUAUACAAACAGUGGACAAAAAAUCUAUUGAGAGCUCAGAGGUUCAUUUGCUUGGGCAUGUUGAAAAUGAAGAUGCAGAAGUAAUUGCAACAUGUGAUACUUCAGGGAAUGAAAAUUUCAGUAGUAUUCAAGACUCUGAAAACAAUUUAUUAAAAAAAAAUCUUAACACCAAAUUGGACAAAUCUUUCGAAGAAAAGACUGAAUCUCUGGUUGAACAUCCCAGAUCUACAGAAUUGCCUAAAACACAUGUUGCACUGAUUCAGAAGCAUUUUAGUGAGGAUAAUAAUGAAAUGAUACCUAUGGAAUGUGAUUCAUUUUGCAGUGACCAGAAUGAAUCUGAACUCGAACCAUCUGUAAAUGCUGAUGCUAAACAAUUGAAUGAAAAUUCUGUGGAGCACAGUUCCCAAAAGAAUAUGUCAUCUUCUGGUCCUUCAAAUGAAAAGGUUGAAACUGUAUCUCAACCAUCUGAAAUCCCAAUAGAUACGAUAGAUAAAGCCAAAAAGCCUCGUACUCGAAGAUCUAGAUUUCAUUCUCCAUCUACAACUUGGUCUCCCAACAAAGAAACUGCACGAGAAAAGAAGCGGUCUCAGUCUCCAUCUCCCAAAAGAGAAACUGGAAAAGAAAGCAGGAAGUCUCGAUCACCAUCUCCCAAGAAAGAAUCUGCAAGAGGACGGAGAAAAUCUCGUUCUCAGUCCCCAAAAAAGGACCCACGAGAAAGGAGGAAAUCUCAGUCUCGAUCUCCAAAAAGAGAUAGCACUAGGGAAGGCAAAAGAUCUGAAUCACUCUCCCCAAAAAGAGACACUUCUAGAGAGAACAGAAGAUCUCAGUCAAGACUGAAAGAUUCCUCCCCAAGAGAAAAAUCCAGGUCCCGGAGCAGAGAAAGAGAAAGUGAUAGAGAUGGGCCAAAGAGAGAUCGAGAUAGAGAAAGGAGAACCAGAAGGUGGUCUCGGUCCAGAUCUCGUUCUAGGUCACCAUCAAGAUCUAGAACAAAAAGUAAGAGUUCAUCAUUUGGUAGAAAUGACAGAGUCAGUUAUUCUCCUCGAUGGAAGGAAAGAUGGACAAAUGAUGGUUGGAGAUGUCCACGAGGAAAUGAUCGAUACAGAAAGAAUGACUCAGAGAAACAGAAUGAAAACACAAGAAAAGAAAAAAAUGACAUCAGUCCAGAUGCUGAUGAUUCAAAUUCUGCUGACAAACAUAGAAAUGACUGUCCCAGUUGGGUAACAGAAAAAAUAAAUUCUGGGCCUGAUCCGAGGACCAGAAAUCCAGAAAAGUUAAAAGAUUCUCAUUGGGAAGAAAAUAGAAAUGAAAAUUCAGGGAAUUCUUGGAAUAAAAACUUUGGUUCAGGUUGGAUGUCUAACCGUGGUAGAGGUAACCGUGGCAGAGGCGCUUACAGAGGUGGUUUUGCCUACACAGAUCAAAAUGAAAACAGGUGGCAAAACCGAAAACCCCUCUCAGGGAAUUCAAAUAGUUCAGGGAAUGAGACUUUCAAGUUUGUGGAACAGCAACCCUAUAAACGGAAAAGUGAGCAAGAGUUCUCAUUUGAUACACCGGCAGAUAGGUCGGGGUGGACAUCUGCAUCAAGUUGGGCUGUGAGAAAGACUCUGCCAGCAGAUGUACAAAACUAUUAUUCACGACGAGGGAGGAAUUCUUCAGGUCCACAGUCUGGAUGGAUGAGACAAGAGGAGGAAACAACUGAACAGGAUUCUAACCUAAAAGACCAAACAAACCAACAAGGUGAUGGUUCUCAGCUACCUAUAAAUAUGAUGCAACCACAAAUGAAUGUAAUGCAGCAACAAAUGAAUGCUCAACACCAGCCUAUGAAUAUCUUCCCAUAUCCAGUGGGUGUUCACGCUCCUCUGAUGAAUCUCCAGCGCAGUCCAUUUAACAUGCAUCCUCAGCUGCCCUUGCAUCUGCACACAGGAGUGCCUCUCAUGCAGGUAGCUGCUCCUACCAGUGUAUCUCAGGGACUACCACCACCACCACCCCCUCCCCCUCCAUCCCAGCAAGUCAGCUACAUUGCUUCACAGCCAGAUGGAAAGCAAUUGCAGGGUAUUCCUAGUGCUUCUCAUGUAAGUAAUAACAUGAGUACACCAGUCUUGCCUGCUCCGACAGCAGCCCCAGGAAAUAUGGGAACAGUUCAGGGACCAAGUUCUGGUAAUACUUCGUCAUCAAGUCACAGCAGAGCUUCUAAUGCUGCUGUAAAAUUGGCAGAAAGCAAAGUAAGUGUUACAGUGGAAGCCAGCGCAGAUAGCUCGAAGACAGACAAGAAAUUGCAAAUUCAAGAAAAAGCAGCACAGGAGGUAAAAUUGGCCAUUAAGCCAUUUUAUCAAAAUAAAGAUAUCACCAAGGAAGAAUAUAAAGAGAUUGUGCGGAAAGCGGUAGAUAAAGUUUGUCAUAGUAAGAGUGGAGAAGUAAAUUCUACUAAAGUGGCAAAUCUGGUUAAAGCCUAUGUAGACAAAUACAAAUAUUCACGGAAGGGAAGCCAAAAGAAAACUCUGGAAGAACCUGUGUCUACUGAUAAAAACAUAGGCUGAAGUGGGGAGCACUAUAAAGGACACUAUCAAGAUACCUGCAAAGUGCAAUUUCAACAUGUACCUUUAAUGGAAAAUCAUACAUAACUGUGAUUGAAAUUUGGUUUUGAUAAAAUUAUUUUUUUUAAUGUAGGAUAUAAUGUUUUGCUCUAAAUAAAUAUAGUUCUGCACCGCAACUUCUAUAUCUUUUCCUCCCUUCUACCCCCCCCCCCCAAAUAAAAACAAAUUCAAGGGAAAGUAAAGGGGUUAAAGGAAUGUGCAUUUUUACUAGGACUGUGUUAUAUUGUGGAUACUGGAAGAUGUACAGCUUUUUGAUUUGAACAAUGGAGUGCAUAAAUGAGGAACUUCUGAGUGCACUGGUUUUGGAAGAGAUAUAUAUAAUACAUUUAUUCUGUCAGGCUAAAAAUAAAGUAUGAUCUUUAUGAUUUUUCUCUCUAAUUAUACAAAGAUAAAUAAUGUAUUACCAUGAAAAAUAUUUCUAAUAACAUACCAAUUGCAGGGUUCCUACUGUGUAUUUUUAAAGCACACAUCUGAGUAAAUUGCUUAGAUAGAAAACAAAUUAUCACACGAGUAAAAUUCAGUGUUCAAAACUUUAGAACACUGUUCACCUAUUGUAUCACCAAAUAAAGGUUAUGCUGCUUGUU